AUGGCUACCGGAGACGAAGUUCUCGACCAACUUUUCCACCCUCUUCCACAGCAGAUCAUCUUGCGGUCCACGACCACGUCCCCCACCACACUCACCGUUGACCUCCUCGAGGAGCGCCUCCUAAUAGCUGAGAAGAGUAUAGUCGCUGUAGGAGCCUCUCGUGGUGACCCUCGUGCCCCCUUCUUUGAGGGGUGCCCCCCCUCCCCCCUUUUGCCCUCUGUUGCCUCUGCUGCUACGGUCGACCUCGUUGGCACCGAGUCGGUCGGCGCUGCGUCUGCCCCUAGCGGGAGACGCCGCAAUGGCAAGGGCAAGGGGGUAAGGGCGCUGAAGGAGCUGGCGGGGGCGGUGAAGGUGGCGGUGGAGGUGGCGGUGGAGGCGGCGGAGAGGGUGGGGGUGGUGGUGGGAGUGGUGGCGGGGGUGGGGGCUUCGGUGGCGGCGGUGGCGGUGGGAGCGGAGGAGGCGGCAGUGGAGGCGGUGGCGGCGGCGGCGGUGGAGCUGGUCGGGGUGGCUCUGUGCAGCGGGGCGGCUUCGGUGGUGGUCAGCGCCAGCAGCAGCAGUGCGUUCGUGAGACCCCGCCCCCCCAACAGCUUCGUGAGUGGUACGCUGCGCAUCAGCGGGGUGGGGGUGUUGGUCCCUGUGCCUACAUCCUGCGUACCGGUGACCGCACUAGUGCGCCGUGCGGUGGCCUGCACACCACCCAGCGCUGCUUCGGCCGCCUGGCGUCUCCAGUUCCCUGACGCCACUGAGAUCCCUCGCUGGGGCGAGCUGCUUAGGUCUGGGGUUGCCAUCUUUGAUCUUGAUUAUGAUGCUAUUCUUGCUGCCAUGUAUGGUGUGUCUACUAGUAAUGAGGGUGACUGUUACCUGUGUGUUCCGCCUGGCCCGGGCAUUGCGGCUGCUGCUCUAGGUGCUAGUGAGGCAGCUGCUCUAGGUGCUGGUGAGGCUGGUGCUCUAGGUGCUAGUGCGUCUGCUGCCCCAGGUGCUGGUGAGUCUGCUCUCUCAGGUACCACGUCGGCUCAGGCCUUACACACCUUCACCCUUGACUCGGGUGCUUCUCGCUCCUUCUUUCAAGACCGCACCACACUCACGCCGCUUAGUCGGCCAGUUGCGGUCUCCUUGGCUGACCCCUCUGGGGGUCCUGUCCUUGCCCACUUCUCCACUGUCUUACCGUGUCCGGCGGCCCCUUCUGUGCGGAGAUAA